UCUCAUCUCUCCCGCCCAGAUCGCGCCAUCACCUCCCGCCUCCUCCUCUCCAGCGCCCGAAAUCGCCGCCGGAGCUCGCCGCCCCCGAUCAGCGUCGCCGCCGGCUCAAGAUCGCGCAUUCGGUCGCCAUCACCGACCUCCUCCCCCUCACCACCGCCCGAAAGCGCCGGCGCCCAAGCUCGGCCUGUGUCUCGACGUCCCCGAUCAGCGUCGCCGCCGUCCCCUUGCCCUAGCCAUCACCUCCCCUCCUCCUCUCCAGCGCCCGAGAUCACCGCAGCUGAGCGUCGCCGCCGGGUCAUCGCCGUCUACUCGUCCUCGCCAUCGAGCUCACCCCUCGUCAUCAGCCACGCCUCCGACGGCAUUCGAGCUCAGCCCUCAGGUUCAUCGCCGCCUCCGGAGAUCGAUCAAGCCCUCGACGUCAUCCUCGCCAUCACCUCCCCCCUCCUCUCCACCUCACGAAAUCGCCGCAGCCUGCGCUUGCCGUCCCCGCUCAGUGUUGCCGCCGGCUCAUCGCACUUCGCCGCUGUCGAGCUCGCCUCCACCGAGGUAAGGCAUCAGGUCUAAAUUAACGUGUUAGUUCUAACUGAAAUGCAUGUUAGCUAGCUCUAAAUUAACGUGUUAGUUUUAACUGAAAUGCAUGUUAAUGCUACCGGGAUGCAUGUUAGCUCUAAUGGAGAUGAUGUUAGUUCUAUUACGAGGCAUGUUAGUUCUAGUUGGCGUUCCUGUUAGAUCUAGUGGAUUUCAUGAUGGUUCUAUCUUCCCUCAUGCAUAUUCCUUGGAUCUAUCUUCUUCCUUUUAAUUUCAGCUCAUACAUUACUUGGUUUGCAGCACUCACUCUAUGGCUACGAGCCGGAUAAUUUAGAGCUAUUUUUGCCAUGUAUUGUUAAAUUGGAUAUAAACUUUAAAUUUGGUUUAAACUAUCGUUUAGAAAUUGUUUAGUGAAAUUGAAAGAUCAACUUGAUGACGUUUUUUGAGCGAUUUUGAACUUCUUAUAUGUGAUAAUUUGAUAGCUUGUAUAGACACUCCACCAAUUCUCUCACGUGAGGCAACAAUGGAAGAAGAUAAAAGCCAGGACCAUGAUCUACUAUCUACAACAUGGCUUCCCCCUCAGGCAUCCGAGCAUGAGGAGAAUGGUGAUGAGCUUAUGGGCGUUGAAAAUGGUGAAGAUAAUUUAAACAGCGUUGAUCCAUAUAUCGGAAUGGAGUUCUCUACUCAUGAGGAAGCUUAUAAUUUCUACAAUGCAUACGCCAGACUUAAGGGAUUUGGUGUUCGCAAGGGUCACACAGCUUGGUCGAGAAAGAAAGAUGCAAUCCUAUCUAGAAUAUUUGUAUGUGACAAAGAAGGCUUUAAAUCUUUAAAAGAUAAAAGAGAAGAUGGUCGGAAUGUAAUUCGAAAGUUCGAUACAAGAUGUGGAUGCAACGCAAGGAUGGUUAUUGGACUUGAUAGAAGCACUGAAAAAUGGGUGGUCCGAAAGUUAAACAGUAAGCAUAAUGGUCAUCCAUUAACCACCCCAACUCGGGUAAAGAAGCACUACUCACAUCGGACACUUCAUCGAGCUCAAUCGACAAAAAGGUUGAUAGAUACUCUUGACAAUCAAGGUUUACGGCCUUCUGCCAUUUGUAAGGUUGUAGACGUUGCUCAUGGCAAUGAACAAGGCUCUCUCACUCAACAAGAAUGCCAAGCACAACUUAGACUUAAACGAAGAAACAACGUCGGCCAUGAGUGCGUGAACAUAGUUCGUCAAUUUCAAGAGAAAAAGGUAUCUGAUCCUCAAUUUUACUUCGCACUUGAUUUAGAAAAUGAUGGGACGAUGAGAAGUGUUUUUUGGAUGGAUGGUAGGUCGAGGACUUCUUACUUGCAAUUUGGAGAUGUUGUUUGCUUUGAUGUUACAUAUAGAACGAACAAUUUAAAAUUGCCGUUUGCACCAUUUACGGGCGUUAACCAUCAUCGACAGUCUACUCUAUUUGGGUGUGCGUUACUGGCCGAUGAAACGGAGGAGACGUUUAUAUGGUUAUUUAGCCAAUGGUUAAAAUGUAUGUCGGGUAUAGCACCAGUAACAAUCAUCACUGAUCAAGAUAAAGCUAUGUGUGGUGCUAUUCACAAAGUUUUUCCUAAAACUCGCCAUCGCUUUUGUUCUUGGCACCUUCGUAGGAAUGCCUUACAAAAUCUUCAAUCAAUGCAUAAUGAUUAUGGUGAGGAUGUUGGUGUAAAGUAUAACAAAUGGUAUUGGAGUAAAUCGGAAGAAAAAUUUGAAAAGCGUUGGGAAGAAAUGAGGGACAAAUAUGGUGCAGAUAAAAGGAGUUGGAAUGUCAUCUACUCAGCGGAGUGA